GAUGUUCUCAAAGCGUGUUCGGCGCGGUCACACUGGUGGUUUAUUUUAUUCCGAAAACUAUUUGUAAUUUAACUCAAAUUAAGUGAAAACAGCAUGCCAGAUGCCGAGCAACUACCGGACGGCUGGGAGAAGCGCACUAGCCGCUCCACAGGAAUGAGCUAUUAUCUCAAUAUGUACACAAAGGAGUCGCAGUGGGAUCAGCCCACAGAGCCGGCGAAGAAGGCGGGCGGAGGAUCCGCCGGCGGCGGAGAUGCACCGGACGAGGUGCAUUGCCUGCAUCUGCUGGUUAAGCACAAGGGCAGUCGGCGUCCCAGCUCGUGGCGCGAGGCGAACAUCACGCGCACCAAGGAGGAGGCCCAGCUGCUCCUCGAGGUCUAUCGCAACAAAAUCGUCCAGCAGGAGGCCACAUUCGACGAGCUGGCCCGCUCCUACUCCGACUGCAGCUCCGCCAAGAGGGGCGGCGACCUGGGAAAGUUCGGCAGAGGUCAGAUGCAGGCGGCUUUCGAGGACGCUGCCUUCAAAUUGAACGUCAACCAGCUGUCGGGCAUCGUCGACAGCGACUCCGGCCUGCACAUCAUCCUGCGCAAGGCAUAGACUCAUCGAGCACCGACCCACAGCACAACUCGCGUCCCUUCACAUGAAUAAAACGGAAUGCCCAGCCAUUUCAAUAUAGAAUUAUUUAUUGUAUUUUAAAAUGUUAGGUCUUGUCUAGGCUAGAAGCGUUUCUCAUUUGCCAAUGUCCAGUUUGGCGGCCAGUAGCUUGGCUCCGGGCGUCUUACGGUCCGCGAGUAUCUGGCUAAGGCUCCUCUCCGCCGCGAUGGCUUUCUUGCAGUCGUCCAGCAGUGCGGGACACUCCUCCACCAGCUUGAGCAGGACAAAACAGGCCCGGUUGACGCCCAGCCAGGCUUUCAGCUGAAAAGGGAAAGGGAAUCGCAAUUAGGAAUUGGAAUCUGAGUGAAGCUGUUUACUUUGCGACUACUUAUUUAUUAGACUAAAGCUAAAGGAAUGUCGAAACGUCAUU